AUGGCCUCGUGCUGGUGGCGCUGGCGGCCCCGCGGCUCCUGGGGGCCAGCGGCUCGGAGCUCCGGGCCGGGCGGCGGCGGCGGCCGAGCGGGGCCGGCGGGGCCGCGCGCCGCAGCUGCCGGGCGCGCGCAGAUGUCCUAUAUUAAUCACAUGAAGAUUUUAACAUCUGCCUUUCCAAAUACCUAUAGUCUAUCCCGAUUCCAUCAUACAACCUCGGCCACAUGCUGUUGUAGAACACAGAGUGGUGAGAAGCACAGCGAUCCCUUUAAACUGGCGUGGAGGGACUUGGCAGGCCUGUACGAGGACAUUCAGAAGGAGCUGCUCGUCUCCACAACAGAACUGAAGGAGAUGUCCACAUACUACUUUGAUGGGAAAGGAAAAGCCCUCCGACCAGUCAUCGUGGUGCUGAUGGCACGUGCGUGCAAUAGCCAUCAUAAUAACUCCCGAGAUGUGCAAGCCAGCCAGCGUGCCAUAGCCUUAAUUGCAGAAAUGAUCCACACUGCUAGUCUGGUUCAUGACGACGUAAUUGACGAUGCCAGUUCUCGCCGAGGAAAGCACACGGUUAAUAAGAUCUGGGGUGAAAAGAAGGCUGUUCUAGCUGGAGACUUGAUUCUUUCUGCAGCAUCAAUAGCUCUGGCACGAAUUGGCAACACAACUGUUAUAUCUAUUUUAACCCAAGUGAUUGAAGAUUUGGUGCGUGGUGAAUUUCUUCAGCUUGGAUCAAAAGAAAACGAAAACGAAAGGUUCGCACACUACCUAGAAAAGACCUUUAAGAAGACUGCAAGUCUGAUAGCCAACAGUUGUAAAGCAGUCUCGGUGCUUGGGUGUCCUGACCCCGUGGUACAUGAGAUCGCCUAUCGAUACGGGAAGAAUGUGGGAAUAGCUUUUCAGCUAAUAGAUGAUGUAUUGGACUUCACUUCAUGUUCCGACCAGAUGGGCAAACCCACAUCAACUGACCUGAAGCUCGGAUUGGCUACUGGCCCCGUCUUAUUUGCUUGUCAGCAGUCCUUACAGGAGCACAAGGACGGUCCUCCCAACAGUUAUCUCGAAGGGCUGAAGUGCGCACUUUGCAUGCUGGAGCCCUGGGUUGGAUCCCUCCCACACACACCCCACCCUGCAGUGAAAAGAGAUUCUGAUAAAUCCUCCAGUCCUUCAGGGUACUGCCGCUGCUCUCAGAAAGGUUCUGAAUGCCUCAGGCAUUGCCUCAAAAUGUCAAGGAGUCCAUGGAAAGCACAAACUCACUAAAACCAGAGUUCCUUCAGGUCGAAGGGCUGUCAAGGAAGGAAGUGAAGCCGCCUUUGUAGUCCACCGUGGGCAGGGGCUUCAAAGAGGCUGCAGUGAUUUAUCCAAAAGACCUUUCAGUGCUCAUGCUGGACCCUCGCCACGCCGCCUUUCACUGCCGAAUGCUAUUUGAACUAAGUGGGAUACAGGCUGGCACUAGGUUAUCUUUUGAAUAGAUUUUUCACCUUAGUAGUAUUUAUUUUGUUAUUUAGCAAAUAGUAGCUUUACCAUGAAAGUAAAAUAUUAACUCUGCGGCCUAGAGGUUAGCUUAACUUUGAGUCUUUCAGAGAUUGUGCCUCUUAUUUCUCAAAAUUCACAAAAUUAAGUCAUGUCUUCCAUAAAACUCGAUGAUUCCAUCUUGGUAUUAUAAAAAUCACUGAGCUCUGCUUUCAACACAGUCCAGAAGAGCCAGAGCCAGGUUUAUUCUUCUUUGAGGCUGACAGCUUAUAAUUUGAGAGAUAUCUUCUGUUACCAUUUACCCACACAAAAAAAAUUGCUCAUUUAUGAGCCAUGUAAAUGGAAAGGCAUCCCUGAAGUUAGAAAGUUUAGUCAUUGGCUAUCAUCUCUACAACAUUAAUCUAAUUGAUAUUCACAGAGUAAGAAAUGUGAGAGGUCAGGGAGACAGUUUAACACACUGCAUAUGUGGGAGGCCAGGAUUCAGUCACCAGCAUUGCAUACAGUUCCUCUGAGCACUGCCAGGAGUUACUCCUGAGCACAAAGCUGGGAGCACUUUAAAUGAAGUCCCCAAACAAACAGCAAGACAGGGUGAACCAAGUAAACUGAGAUUCUGGCAGCUCUGAAAAAAUUUUUUCAGCAGAUUUUGAACUUAUUGAGAUGACUAAAGAAGUUUUUCCCAAAAGAAUUAUGGCUUGCUGCGGAAAGUUAUAACGGUCACAAGUCCCAUAAGACUAAGUAGCCUUAGAACUGGUUUAAGAAACUUUGGUACAUCUACACAAUGGAAUACUAUGCAUGUUAGGAGAGAUGAAGUCAUGAAAUUUGCUUGUAAGUGGAUAGAUAUGGAGAGUAUCAUGCUAAGUGAAAUGAGUCAGAGAGGGACUGAAUAGAAGGACUGCACUCAUUUGUGGAGUAUAGAAUAACAUCACAUGAGGCUGACACCCAGGGACAGUAGAUACAAGGGCCGGGAGGAUUGCCCCAUAGCUGGAAGACUGCUACAUGAGUGGAAGGGAGAAGGCAGAUGGAAUAGAAAAGGGAUCACUAAGAAAAUGAUGGCUGGAGGAAUCAGUCAGGAUGGGAGAUGGAUGCUGAAAGUAGAUAAUGGACCAAACAUGAUGACCUCUCAUUGUCUGUGCUGUAAGCCAUACAUAAUGCCCAAAAGUAGAGAGAGAUUAUGGGGAAUAUUGUCUGCCAUGGAGACAGGGGGAGGGUGGAAAAGGGGGGCUAUACCAGGGAUAUUGGUGGUAGGGAAUGUCACUGGUGGAGGAAUGGGUGUUUGAUCAUUGUGUGAUUGUAACUCAAACAUGAAAGCUUGUAACUAUCUCACAGUGAUUCAAUAAAAAUAAUUUUAAAAAAUUAAAUAAAAUUUUUUAAAAAAAGACUAAUAAGUCAAAGUUUAGUCUUAAUUUAGCCUUACAAUGAUUAGUUGAAAAUAGAUGCCUUUUCUAAUUACAUUUUACUAUGAACAUAUUUCAAGAGAAUUUACUUUCCUUUACACAAAAGGAAUAAUGGAUAAUUCUACUUUUUGAUACAGUGAGGCAGUUAGGGAAUUGGACCAUUUCUACAUACUGAUUUUUCAAUAGCUAACAAGACUGAAAAUGCUGGCUUAAGAAAAAUAAAAACGGUAGCAAGGAAGAGGAACAAAGGUUACAUAGUUCCCUUAAACCAGUUUUAUGGGUGCUCCACUGGGAAAUCCCAGAAUCAUGGGGCACACUCUCACCCUUACUGGCAGUACUGUUCCCUUCUGUCCAGAAUGCAGUGGGGGAAAGGAGUUAGAAAUCUCACAUUGCAGUCUUAGAAAAGGGAACACAGAAUGAAGGCUGAGCAGGAAGUGACUCUAGACAGGAUUUGUUUCCUAAGCUGAUGGAUUCGUCAGUCCUUAACCAAAGAUGCAUUUAUAAGUUGUUUCCUGAUAAAUCAAGUGUAGGCUCUAUUAUGGGAUUACGUUGUCAAAAAAAGAAUUCUUGGCCAGAAAUUCAUCAAAAGAUUUAUGAAGCCUGACUUCCAGUAAAACAAGUUCCAAAAAUAAUAUGACAAUGCAGUUUUCAUAAUUUGUCACUACUGAUGUUGACUUUUAAAAAAUUAUUUAUUUUAUAAACUAGUAUCAGCUAAGUUUGUUUGA